GCGGUGGCUCCAUGCCCUUUCCUUCUAUUUGUUUUCUUUCUUGCUUCCUUGCAUCUGGGUUCCUUUUUUGGAUUUGCUCUCCUUGGGGUUGGGUUAUGCAUCUAGGGGUCUCCUCUCUAGAUGGUGGGUUCAUCAACAUGCAUGGUGAAUCGAUUCAUCGAUUUCCCCUCCGUUCUCCCUGUUGGUAGUUAUCAGCCUCUGGGUAGGUGUCGGUGGAAGGAAGGUGGUGUCUGGCCCUUCUGGUUGCAGUAAUAGAUCUUGAAUUUUGGGGUUUGGUUCCUCUUCUCCCUUAACCAAGUUAUUGGUGCCUCGUCUCCCUCUGCCUUUUCAGCUCAGAGCAUUUUGAUCCUCUUCCCUUUCCACCGCCAUGUAAUCCCUCACAAGAGAUUCACUGUGUUGAGCGUCUCCAAGCGACUCCCAGGAGGCGGC